AUAUUAGAGUCAUCGCCAUUUCUUGCAGCGAUCCCAGUUUGAGUGAGUGUCAGUUGUUGGAGAUCUUAAAAAGACGAUAAUGUCCUUAUCGCUUCCCUCUCGAUACGCUUUCUUCUCCGGCUCGACUCCCGUCCGCAGCAGCAACCUCUGCUUCUCCGUCGCCGCUGUACGGACUCCUCACCGGAGUACUAAACUGUUACCUCAACCUAUCCUCCUCAGCCACGUCAUCACCUCUCCUCGGUCGAAUCACGAGAGCGUGCGGGAUUGCAGAGCUCAUGGGUCUUCUUCACUCGGAUCACACGAAGAAGACGCCGACUCCGAUGGUGGUUUCGAUUUUAGCAGCUUCGUUUCUUUGGCGGAGGCGGUUUGUAUUCUGUCUUCCGCCGUGAUUUCGGUGGUUCUCGCGGUGAAUUACGCGGUGGUUGGUGAGAUUGGGAAGAAGGCUCUGUCUUUGGGUUUUGUCGGAUUGUUAUGUUCGGUCGCGUCUGGUUCGUGGCUUAGACGACGGCAAUGGAUGAGGAUUUGCAAAGGAACGAGAGAAGGCGACGGGACGGAUUUGAUUCGACGGUUGGAGAAGCUUGAAGAGGAUUUGAAAAGCUCGACCAACAUUGUAAGAGUUCUCUCUAGGCAUCUGGAGAAACUGGGGAUCCGGUUUCGGGUCACCCGGAAAGCUCUCAAGGGACCCGUUUCUGAGACUGCAGCUUUGGCCCAAAAGAAUUCUGAGGCUACAAGAGUGAUAGCUGCGCAACAAGAGAUUUUAGAGAAGGAGCUUGGCGAAAUUCAGAAGGUUCUGCUCGCUAUGCAGGAUCAACAGCGAAAGCAACUUGAGCUUAUCCUUACUAUUGCAAAGAACGGGAAGCUAUUUGAGAGCACUAAUAGUAGCAAGAAAGCGCAUAAUGAAGAGAAAGAUAAGACAGCAGAAGAACCCUCAACAUCCAAAAAGAUACUCUAUCAGUAAACCAGAGGUAAUACAAACACACAAGAACUGGCGAAUGACACUGUGAGGCUUUUGCAUGGAGAAGUUGUUCUCGAAGCCAGGAGAGCGAGAACGAACAACCGAAAAUGGAUCAACUCACUGUGGUUUCGUUGAUGUAUUGUCAUCAUUUUUUUGGAUUUGUAUAUUCCACUUGCUUCUGAAUUCAAAAUUUUCUUGUAAUAGAGAGUUCUUGAUGA